ACAGACCAGCAGAUGGCAGUAAAACCCCGCUGCUUCAUAGCUUCUUUUAAUUACACUGUAGACCUCAAAUGUGUGCAAGAAUAAAAAGUUUCCGUUUGUUUGAACAACAUUAACAUCACAAAAUGUAAACAUUUUAUUUUAAAUACCACAACAGUAACACUUAUAGAGCAACGUGCAUGCUGGUUGUUAAAAAAACUCCUGUAUACGUGUAUCUAUGUUUGUGAGUUAUUAAAGAAUGAAAAAAUAUGACAUUAGAGAUAUUACUGAUGAUUUGCACCAUGAAAAAAUGCAUUAUAAAUGCCUUUCCAAGGUGUGAAUUACAAGCCAUAUUAAUGCGUUUCACAUAUUCAAAAUUGUUCACUGAUCAGCAGAACUUAACGACAUUAACCUCCAGAUGUCAAUUUUAUAAUUGUGACAUCCCAUAUCAUGUACUACAUAGAUUGAUUUCCUUAUCUUCUUUUAAUUUCCUAUAAUGCAGGCCUUAUAAUUACUUGAAAUACAAAAAUGCACAUUACAUUAUAAAAAUGUACAAUUUAUAUGGAAAAAAACAAUUUCUAACAUAAAAUCCGCAUUAGAUAGUAAUAGAUUGCUGUUAUUAUGUUUUUAAAAGAGUUGUCUUGUAUUGGUCGUGUUGCUUAAUGAAGUGGAAACAAAUCCCAUCCUUGACGCGCACUUGUUUUGCUCUUAAAGCAUCUGUCUGACAGCUUUAUGUCCCUAUAUGUCUCAACCCCGCCUAUAUGCAACACAUCAUUACAUCCAGCCCAUGUUCUUAAGAGGUUUGGCAUACCUGAGGGAAAAUAAGUUUGUUCGCGUUUCCCUGUGGACUCAGAGCUGGAAGUUCGCGUGAAUCAUGAAGGAGGAGCCGCUGGCUGGUAUGGGGUCAGUUCACCCCUGGGUGCAAGAUGAGUCCGUACAUGCCAAAUCUCGUACUCACAGAGCUGUGGGUCUCGCCCGGGCACACUUCGAGAAACAGCCACCUGCCAAUCUGCGGAAGUCAAACUUCUUUCACUUUGUCUUGGCCUUAUAUGAUAGUCAGGGUCAAUCUGUGGAAAUUGAACGCACUGCGUUUGUGGGCUUUGUUGAAAAGGAGAAGGAGCCAGAAAAUGAGAAGACUAACAAUGGAAUUCAUUACAAACUCCAGUUACUGUACAAUAAUGGUGUCAAGGCAGAACAAGAUCUUUACAUCCGUUUAAUCGACUCUGUGACAAAAGAUGCAAUUGUGUUUGAAGGUCAAGAUAAAAAUCCAGAAAUGUGUCGUGUUCUUCUCACACAUGAGACAAUAUGCAGCCGAUGUUGUGAUAAGAAAAGUUGUGGAAACAGGAAAGAGACCCCAUCUGACCCUGUCAUUAUUGACAGGUUCUUCCUAAAAUUAUUUCUCAAAUGUAAUCAAAAUUGUCUGAAGAAUGCAGGGAACUCACGAGACACACGUCGUUUUCAGGUGAUGGUUUCCACCACAGUCUCUGUUAUGGGCCACGUUCUAGGCAUUUCUGAUAACAUGUUUGUCCACAACAAUUCGAAACAUGGCAGAAGAGAAAGACGACUGGAAUUUGCUGAAGGUGAGAUCCCUUGCAUCAAGGCGAUCAGUCCCAGUGAGGGUUGGACGACAGGUGGAGCUUCAGUUAUUAUUAUUGGAGAACAGUUCUUUAAUGGUCUGGAGGUGGUUUUUGGAUCAAUUCUGGUUUGGAGUGAGGUGAUCACACCGCAUGCAAUUCGUGUGCAGACUCCACCUCACCACGUUCCUGGUGUUGUCGAAGUUACGCUGUCCUACAAAUCGAAAUAUUUCUGCAGGGGAGCUCCGGGGCGCUUUAUUUUCACUACUUUACAUGAGCCAACCAUCGACUAUGGGUUUCAGCGACUGCAAAGGGUCAUGCCACGUCUACUGGGCGAUGUGGAUAAACUUCCGAAAGAAGUCUUACUAAAGAGAGCAGCUGACCUUAUAGAGACAUUUUAUAGAACGCCUCGCAACAACCAGGAAAUCAUCCUGAAGCGUGCGUCUGACAUACCAGGUGCCCUGCACAGAGUCCCACGGAACUCAAACCCACCCCACCCAAACCUGAACAGCAUUAUGGGAGUCAACUCCUUUGACAGACAAUUAACUAUGAACACAGACUUUUCACAGGAAGCAGAAAGAGGUUUCAGUCAGAGUUUAAACAAUGGCUUUGCAAGCAGCACAUCUCGACAGUGUCUUCAACAGUCCCACUGCAGACACACAUUGCUACAUUGUGAAACAAAAAAGUGCAUUUGCUCCUGUUCUGAAGCAACAGUCCUCUUCAACACAUGGUCCACCUCCUAUUUGUAGGCCAUGCAUGGACUAGCAACAAGCUUCAAACCUCCCAGACAUGGCCAAUCUCCAUUCUGAACCGGAUGAUGAUCUCAAUGCACGCAAUAAUAAAAAGAAAUUGAUUUUUUUUACUGUCAGCAAAGAUGUGUGUACCUUGUAGUGAUCUGCUGUGACCCCUGGUGUAAAACAGGAAGAACUACUGUACUGUAUUGUUGUACUUUCUGUGCUCUGAUGUUACAAUAUGAUAUAUAAAAUAUGUAGGUAUAGGUGAGACCUCGGCAAUCCAAUUUUUUCAUUCGACUCUGUAUAUUCAGGAGGAAUUUAAAGGGGAACAAAAAUUACUCACACUGAAGACGUUUGACAAGCUUAGGACAUCUGUUCAUCUUUGCAAGGCAAAUUAAAAUAGUUUUGAUGAGGUCAGCGAGCGUUCUGACUCCCACCCAUUGACAGCAACAUACAUUCUGAAUAUAAUAAUUUGCAUUGCGAAGAUUAACGGAUGUUCUAGGCUUGUUGAAUGAUUUGAGGGUAAUUCAUGGCAGUUUUCAUUUUAUGGUGGAGCACCACUUUAAACAAAUACAUAAACUUUCACAGUAUAAGAUACUGUAUAACUGUAGACAGAAUAUAUGUUGGUAAGUAACUUCAUUUAAAUUGAUUGCAUCUAUUUUAAAUAUAUAACAAAAUGUGGAUACAUACUGAGUAAUAACAGAAAUGGAGAAUUCUACCCAGUACAUGAGUUUUUGUACGGAUAUUUGUAAUUCUUUGCACUGAUAUCAUUUAACAAAUACAGAUUGUUUAUUUUCUUUCAACACUUUUUAUUUAUCCCUGGAAAAAAAUGUUUGCAAAAGAUAAAAUACCGUCUACAAAAUAUCUUUGUAUAAAAAUAUCAAUAUGCAUCAGAGAAAAAACGAUGAGGAUGUCAAAAUAUUCAACUUAAUAAAGAAAUUACAAUUUC